ACCGCGCAUGCGCAGUGCCUCAUGGAGCAGGGACGCAGCUCGGGCUGUGACAGUGGGGUUUAUUUGAGAGUGCAUGAACCUGUGGCUAUAACGGAUGUGUGCAGCGUGAAAGCGAUGCGUUAUAACCGAGACAUAGCCGCUUCAUAGCGCACUGCGGAAGGGAGAGACGAGGGAAAGAGAUGUGAGCCGUCGUCAUUCGGAAUAGCGACGCAGGAGAUGUCGGAGGUUGGAUUUGUUUGGGAUUGACUGUUUUUUUUUGUUUUAUCUCCACUUCUGGGCUUAAUGAGUGUCCAAAGUGAGAGAAGCCUCUCUGGAAGUUUGGACGCAGCGCCAUCUUUGGUCCCAGUUCUCCAUCUGCGACCUGGGGCCUGGCUUUAAACACAAACAUCUCCACCACCGGGAUCCGUCACACAGGGAUGGAGGAGCUGCAGUCUCUGGACCCUCGCAGACAGGAGCUGCUCGAGGCUCGGUUCAUGGGGGCAGUAAGUGGCAGCACCGGGGGCAGCACAGGCAGCGCCAGCGGAGGAGCCAAGGGCUUGAUCAAUAAUGAAUGCUCCAACCACAGCUUUGGCAGUCUGGGAUCAUCGAGUGACAAGGAGUCUGAGAACUCCGAUCUAAAGAGAGGCGGCUCUCCGGCGUAUUCCACGCCUGAGAAGAAACACUCUGAAACGACUAGGAGGAAGAGAAAAGCUGACAACCAAUCAGAGAGCAACCAAGGGAAGUCUUCCGGCCGAGGAGCAAAGAUCAGCGAUUACUUCGAUUUCCAGGCAGGAAACGGCUCCAGCCCUGUCAGAGGAAUGCCGCCUGGUCUCCGCGCCCCUCACGGCUCUCAUUCUGCCCCCGGUUCCAUCGUGCGACAGAACAGUUCCUCGCCCACCAGCUUGUGUUUCACUGAUCACAUGAUGCAGCCAAAGCAGCUCGGAUUCAGGAGUGUGCAGACUGAUCUGACUCUGCUGAAGCUCGCUGCCCUUGAGAGCAAUAAGAAUCUAGAUCUGGAGAAAAAGGAGGGCAGAAUAGAUGAUCUGCUGAGGGCUAACUGUGACCUGCGGAGACAGAUCGAGGAACAGCAGAAGCUGCUGGAACGGUAUAAAGAGCGUCUGAACAAGUGCACCACCAUGAGCAAAAAACUGCUCAUCGAGAAGAGCACCCAGGAGAAGCAGUCGUGUCGGGAGAAGAGCAUGCAGGAUCGUCUACGGCUCGGUCACUUCACCACGGUGCGACACGGAGCGUCCUACACGGAGCAGUGGACCGACGGAUACGCCUUCCAGAACCUGGUCAAGCAGCAGGAGUGGGUGAACCAGCAGAGGGAAGAUAUCGAAAGGCAGCGAAAGCUUCUCGCAAAGCGCAAACCUCCGAACACAGCACCGUCUCAGAGCCCGGCGCCUUACAACGAGUCCAAACCCAGAAAGACCAAAGCCGUGAACGGAGCGGACAACGACCCCUUCGUCAAACCCAGCCUACCUAUACUGUACGCAACACACACACACACACACACACACACACACACACACACAAAAAGCACCGUUCAUUGUUUUAUCGUUUUUCUUCUCUUUUGCAGGUUGACUUUAGCAGAGUAUCACGAACAGGAGGAAAUCUUCAAACUCCGACUGGGCCAUCUAAAAAAGGAGGAAGCGGAGAUUCAGGCCGAGCUGGAGCGUUUGGAACGAGUCAGGAAUCUGCACAUCCGUGAACUGAAGAGGAUCAGUAACGAGGACAGCUCCCAGUUUAAAGAUCACCCUACCCUCAACGACCGCUACCUGCUCCUGCACCUGCUGGGCCGAGGAGGAUUCAGCGAGGUUUAUAAGGCCUUUGACCUGUUUGAGCAACGUUACGCAGCAGUGAAGAUCCACCAGCUCAACAAGAACUGGAGAGAGGAGAAGAAGGAGAACUACCACAAACACGCAUGCAGAGAAUACCGCAUCCACAAGCAGCUGGACCAUCCCCGAAUAGUCAAACUGUACGACUACUUCUCCUUGGACACGGACACGUUCUGCACGGUGUUGGAGUUCUGCGAGGGGAACGACCUGGACUUCUACCUGAAGCAGCACAAGCUGAUGUCUGAGAAAGAAGCCCGUUCCAUCGUCAUGCAGAUCGCCAACGCCCUCCGAUACCUCAACGAGAUCAAACCGCCGAUCAUUCACUACGACCUCAAACCAGGUAACAUCCUGCUGGUGGACGGUACUGCGUGUGGAGAGAUAAAGAUCACCGACUUCGGUCUGUCGAAGAUCAUGGACGACGAUAACUACGGUGUGGACGGUAUGGACCUGACCUCACAGGGAGCAGGGACCUACUGGUAUUUACCACCAGAGUGCUUUGUAGUCGGAAAAGAGCCGCCAAAGAUCUCGAAUAAAGUGGACGUCUGGUCUGUGGGCGUCAUCUUCUUCCAGUGUCUCUACGGACGCAAGCCGUUUGGACAUAACCAGUCUCAGCAGGACAUCCUCCAGGAGAACACCAUCCUCAAAGCCACUGAAGUCCAGUUCCCUCCCAAACCUGUGGUCAGCAACGAAGCCAAGGCGUUUAUUCGGCGCUGUCUGGCUUACAGGAAGGAGGACCGUUACGACGUCCACCAGCUCUGUAGCGACUCGUACCUGCUCCCUCACAUCCGGCGAACCAACUCGUCCGGAAACCUGCAGGCCACGCCCACUAGCCCCGCCUCCUCCUCGAUCAUCUCAUACUGAUCUCAUGUUGAUCUGUCUGGCUUGAAAAGUGAUUGACUUUUUUUUUUUUUUUUUUUUGGAUUUGAGCGAUUGCCCUUGUGUGUGUACGUGAGGAAAGUGGGAGGGGUUUACGGGUCAGGAUGUAGGCCUAAGGACACACAGUUCUGGCUACAGUUGCCAUGGCGAAAGUGCACUUGAUGGGAUGUUGAGCACAGGUGAGAGAGGGGGGGGAAAAAAAAAAAACUUGAAUACUAAUGUCACAAGGUGGCUGGGUUAUACACGAGUGUACAGGAGAGGGGGUGUGUGCGUGUGUGUGUGCGCGUGUGUGUGCGCAUAUGUGUUGGGGGAGGGCAUUACACUUCACACUUUUCUGUUAUUUCUUUGUCUUAUAUCCCCUACUGUGUGUGUGUAUCAGAGAUGCUGUUGGGAAAUGUCGUGUGAGUGUGUGUGUGUUGGCAUAUGUGAACUAUUUUUUAAAUUGUGCAUAGAAUGGAGAUGAGCUUCCUCCUGCUGUGUGUGUGUGUGAGUGUGAGAGAGAAGGUUCAGGGUAAACUUGAUUUCUUCAAAUAGAUAAUCAACACCUGGAUCAACAUUUUAUUUAACCAAUCGUUGGCCUCUGAUGUCAUCAGUGUGCGCCUGUGAAAAUUCCAACAUUGGAUUUUUUUUUUUUUUUCAACUUCACACAAUACAGUGCACUCUCUUCAAGGUCUGAUGUCUGAGAAUAUACUGUGAGCGCACGCUUUUAACGCACCAUGAUCACGAUGGUGUACAAACAAUGUCCCCUAGAGGCCAUGAAGUACCCAUAAUGCACUGCAUCAUUUUUGGUUUGAUUGGUUCACAUCUUCGCUGAGGAAUGCAGCGAGUUACUAUGGCAACGCCUCUAACGUUGAAUGCAAGCGUUUUGUGAAGUAAUUGUGCGUGUUCACGGAGAUAGUUCGUGCUGCAGAACCAGAAGUCCAGGGGGUGGAGUCGGAUCUGAUCCAGCAGUUUGGAUAUCUGAUCCUAUAACCCUAACCUACACAACACUGUACAACACAUUAAACACACUUACACAGCUUGAAACACACUCCACUCCCUGGACGUUUGGCUCGACUCCGCCCAGGAAGUAGAAGCUGGAUCAGGUCCGACUCCACCCCAUGGACUUUUUUUUGACUUUGGGUUAUGCAGCGACGGGGUACUUGUGUUUUACGUGGUCACUAAUUUCAGUUCCCUGUCUUCGUGGUGUGUAAAGAAUAGUGCCUAUGGAGCCAUUCGUGUAGUAUUGUGUUUUUGUUUAGAGAAUUAAGCGAAAUCGUUUUUUGCAGUCUCAGCUAGCUCAUGUUAACUGAGCCUUUUCAGUUGCCUCCAAACUUUUUCCGAGUUAAAACAUUGUGUGUCUGUGUUUCAGUUCAUAAAAACAAAAUCAGUAAUUUCUUCACACUACUAAGAGCGCUUGUUCAGGGUUAAAUGGUCGACUACAGUCAGUAUUUUAGCCUUUUCAGCUAAAUACUUUCGCUAAAUACUAAUACGUUAAUUUUUAACGUUAUAUUCCAGUGUUUUCAAGCUAAUAUCUAUCCACUGAUUAGCAUUUUCCUGCACUGAGACAUCAGAAAACCUUUUUGUCAAACUUACUUAUAAUCGCAGUGUAAAGGCAGGCAUUGAUAUCCAUAAAUAAGCUAACUGUGUGACUGUUCUUAUGCAGGUUUCUCCAGUUUUCUAGCACUGGAGCAAUGCAGUAAAGAGGUUCUGUGGUGUCCAUGUGCCAUUGGACCCACACGAGUCCUUCUCUGAAAGAACACAUUGUAUAGAUUUAGAGCUUCGCUUCCAAACAUGUUUGAGGAAUUUGUGUUCAUUUAUCAGAUAUAGUACAGUUUAUGUCGUGUGUAUAUGUUUGCAUAAGACGAACCAAACUAAAAUUUCCACCUAAAGAAAGUUUCGCUGAUUUCUUUCGAGCUAACGCACAUGUUGCACCCGUAAUGUGCAGAGUUCCAGACACAACUCAUUAGCAUAUAGUGACGCCCACAAAUUCCAUAAAAGGUAAAUUGUGCAGACAGCCGGGAGCACGAAAUGAACCCUCAGGGUAAAGGCUGAAAGGCAGAUAUGGAAGUUAUUUUGACUCACUAUCGUGCCAAAAACUAUUUAAUAAUGUGUAAUAUUAAUAAUAACGAGUGAGCCAUUUCUUCUGUCAUAAUUGAAUGAUUAUUUAUUUAUCGAAUGAGUUUUAUUUGUCUUAAUUUGUGUGUGUGUGGGGGCUGGUUUUCUUUCAACUUUAUAUUCUUUAGUUAAUGCUAGUAAUAUAAAAUGGUUGGUUUUCACAAAACGUUCCUGAUUUGUACUCUUAGUCACUGAGUUAGUGGACUAGCAUGAGGAUGUGUUUUUGAUCGAGACUCCAAAGCUCUUCUAUAAGUCGCUCUGGUUGAAGGCGUCUGCGAAACGCUGUAUAAAAAUAAGCAGUUUAACCUCAACAGUACAUUCCACAUAUAAACGUGCAGUAAUCCAUGCAAAUGAUAUGAUCUGAAGUCAAUCAAGUCGAGGCUGACUUUUAGUAAGUUAGUCUUCUUUUAGUGACGGAAUUCAUUAACUGCCGUAGAUUUCUGUUUAUUAUGCGCGAGUUUGGAAGAAAUGCAUUUUCCGUUCUUUUCCGGGUUAAAGGAGGCGUGUCCGUUCUCAUGCAUAGUGAACACGUACUCUACAUGAUCAGAAUAAAAAAACGUUAAGUAGAUCUUUAGCUUAAUGAACUAAAAUACAGGAGGAGUGGGCGGAGCAUGCGGUGCACACUGAUGAUAUCAGAUGGCAGUGAUUGGUUGAAAUAAAUGGCACGCGACAGUCAUGUUUUAUAACAAAUCAUGUUCAGGGCAGGUCCAGGAUCUCUGCUGGACUGUCUCACUGUCAUCCUGAAGCAAUGUUCACGUUGCUGCUACUCAGUGUUGCUUUUUAGUUUUCAGUUUGGCCUGUUUUUUUUUUUUUUUUUUAAAUACUGUACAAUUUAAGAGAUGUCAUAUAUGAGAAGUUUAUCUGCCAGGAAUUUGCAGCAUGUUGAUACAUUACUUUUUGUGAGAGGUGUGUAUGUGUGCGUGUGUGUGUAACAACUUCUAAGCUAACAAACAGAAAGUGGGCCUGACCCCGCCCCCAAAUGGCUGAUCAAACCGUGCGACCAACCAGGAGCCGGAGUCAGCAGUGCUCGGUCAGUUUUCUUCUCCUCCCCCCCCUCUCUCUCUCUCCCUCCCCCUCCCUCCCUCUCUCUCUCUCUCUCUGCCCUCCAUCUGUGAUCUGUCUCUGAAAUGCUGCUGCCGUUGUAGGGAAUGUAGCCAAAAGAGAAAUAAAAAUUCCUAAAGCUAUUUUAAUA